AUCGCGUAUAAUAAUUAUGAAGAUGUGAUGGAUAAGUAUUAAUGAAAAUGUAAAGUGUUACAAGAAAAUCACGCAAGUAAGUGCAUUUCGCAGUGUAGCAAUAUGCAUUCGAAUUUCCUCACUUGUGAAAUGCACUGUGAAUAGAAGAAAUGGAGGGUAUGCUUGAGUUGCUGUCAACGACAGACGCAGCAGUUAAGGCCUUAGAUAGAACAAGCAGAUCCCAAUCAUCAAUAAGCAGCAGGUCAUCAUCAGGAUCAAAGAAGAAGAGUGCAUCAGAAGUACCAGACAGUGGAAUUGGUCAAACUGAGGACAGAUCUCAGAAAUCUAAGGCAUCUCACAGUAGAGAUACUGAUGAGCUAGAUAUAUCUCAGCACAGCUCUGAUGUCAGUACAACAGCCAGCGAUGUAUUGAUCAGGUCCACUACAGCAGCACCGGGAGAGAAAAGUAUCUUAGAUGAUGUAACUUUUCAGAGUGUUGAUAAUACAAGCAACAUUUCAAAGUGUUCAAAAUAUUCCUAUGGAAAAGAAAACUUCAACAGUUCUGGACCUGUUAAAGUGAAAGUGUCUUCUAAAUUGCUGAGAGAAAUUAAGUCUCCUUAUGAAAGCCCAAGGGAGGAAACAAAUACUGGAGAGGAAUCCCCCAAAGUUCAGAAUGUACAACCAGAGUUCAAUCCAAGUAAAUCAAAGGUACAGAGUAGCAGUAUAGGGAUACGCAAAAUCUCAACAGAAUCUAAGGCAAGUUCUAGAGGAGGAGAUACUUCUAGAUCACACAGUGGAGCUUCAGAUGUUCAUAAACCAUCUAGUCGACCAAACUCAGCAACUUCAAAGUCCUCCACUGUUAGCCAGCCUGGAUCUAUAGCUAAAGGACCUUCUUCAAAGUCACUAAAAGAUUCAAAGACAGUUAGCGAGACUUCUGUAUCAAAACCUGUAAGUAACAACCCCAAGGAUAUCAUAACUCUACAAAGCACCCCACAGAGAAAACAGCCUGCUCAACCUCAGAAACCAAAUACACCAGAAAAACGAAGGAAGACUGAAGGAUUCUCUCAACCUGGUUUUGUAGACCGGCAUACACCUGAAAAAUUGUACAGAGACAAGAAAAUUCUUCGUAACGAGGAUGAUGAUACAGGCAGCUAUAUUGAAGAGUUCUGUAAAAAACCAACAGAAAGACAGGAUGUGGUGCCAGAAAAAUUAGUAACAGAAUCAGUAGAGACCAGCAUUAACAGUGCCACUAGUAGUCAACCAGAGAUUGUCACCAUACCCGAGAGGAUUGUUACCAUAUCAACCAGGAGCUCAGUCUCCUCUGACCACUCACUCAGUGACUCGGGUCAGAUCCUCACCGUCCAGGAGAGACUGGUCACGAUCUCAGCAGGUCAGCCAAUGGAGGACGAGGAUUUUACUGUCAGUCACACUAAAGUGGAGGAGGAGGAAGAAAAAAUCCCACCAAGACUGCCUGAUAAAUUCCAUCAAUAUACCAAGCACCAGAGUGGUGGGUUGAGGCAGGGAUCAGAAAGCAGUGGAGUUUCUGUUAUGGAGCAUCCAUCUGAUUCAGAUGACAUCCAUGUUGAAAAGUUCCGCUUGUCAGAAAAGCAACAGUUGAUGAAAGAAAAUUUUACCAAGAGGUUGCAAGGGGGUCCUAAAAAGAGGGUUGUUCAGCCUAGACUUAUUGGUCCAGCUGCCAAGUCAACAAAGAAGGAAACUAAGGAGCCAACUAUCCAGAACACAGAGGCCAUUACUGCUGCAGUGGCUGCUAGUGCCGCAAUAGCUGCCACACAACCAUUUCUUAAGGCACAACAAGAACUAGAGAACAAAAUGACCAGCAUUCUGAAUCAGAUAGGCAGUCUCCAGUCUGACGUGGCCCCUCCACUGAAGGGGGAUACAGAAUCUGAGAGGGUAGCCCAGCUGGAGAAACAGCUGGCCAAGGUCACAGAGCAGAGAAUACAACAUCUAGAGAAGUUACAAGAACAACAGGUGGCCAUGCAGGCAAAAUUGUUAUCGUUAUCAAGAACACCACAAAAUCGAACUGAAGUUCCCAGAUCUAAAUCACCAACAAUAAGGUCUCCUUCAUGGAGUCCACCUGUCCAGAGGAAGAAAGAAUUUCCACCAAAACCAAUCAUAAAGACGACGGUCCCAAAACCUGGUCACGGGGAUUACAACCAGGAGCAGUUCCGGGAUCACAGAUCCCCCGAGACCCCCAAACCCAGGACCAACCCUCCCAAACCUCUGUCUUUUGAAUUCCGAAACAAGAAACAACCAUCAACUCGAGGGAUACUGGAGGAAAUCUUGGCAUCUGAUGCAUCCCCUCGCCGUGACGUCCCAGAGCCCACCAAAUACGAAGACAAAGACAAAUUGAGAGGAGAGGGUGUGGAGAAGUCACCAGCCGUGAAGAGAGCCGAGAGACUGGUUCACGACAUUGAGGAGGUCAAGGACAGAUUACAACAGGAAGUCUCUGAUGGAGAAAAAGCAUUAAAAGAACAGGAGGAAAAGAAAAUCCAGGAUAUGAAAUUUGAUGUAAAGAAGAUAGAGCAACUUCAUGGGCCAUCCCCACUGGAUCCUUAUUUGCUACCCCCACAGAAGGAGCUGAGGAGUCCAUACAAAUCCAUUCCAGGCCCUGGUAAAGGUGAGGUACCGGUCCCCUCUAGUUACUGGGACGCUGCUCAGAUCCUACAGCAGGUGAAGGAGAACAGAGUCACACUGGAGGCCAACCUCGAAGCUGUGUUUAGGACGAGGCAGGAAGCUGAGGUCUAUGCCUUGAUGGAGAAUCUGUACCAAGAGGGGAAUAAUGCAGAUAUGCUGAGAAUCAGGAAAAUGGUGGACAAAAAGAUAGCUCUUCUGCAUUCCCAGGUGCAGAGAGAAGUCAAUGAUGUGAUUUUGGCAAAGAAAAAAUCCCUCAUAUAUUUCAUACACCGUUUUAAAAAUUUAUCAUUUUGUAUAUCUGUGAGAGGGAAAGAAAAUAAACCAUCAGCCACUACAGUGUUUAAACCACCCACUGCAAAGCAGCCAAAGAUAAAAUCUGUCUUUGAGGAUGAGGAAUACAUGACUAAAGUGUAUGGGAAAGCCUCUUAUCAAAACAAGAGAACUACAGUGAAAGAUCCAUACCUACAUUACCAGAAUGUACCCAAACCAAAGCCGGAGAGGCCAGCAGGGGCACCUGAUAUGACAACUGCUCAUUUAGUCAAGUCUUCUAAGACCCAGACUUCCUCAGGGAUAAAACAGUUCUACUUCAGUCCUACCCACGGUACAUACAUCCCUGUCACCUCCGCAGAACAUGCUCCCAUACCAGGGCAGUUGGUGCCCAUGGCAGUUCCCCUUGGUGGCCCCCGCAUAGACAGUGGACUAACCUACUCUGCCCCUCCCCCUCCUGGGCCCCUCACUACCUCCACCCCCUCCUCUCAGCCUCCAGUGUCAGCCCUCAGGAAUGUGGCAGUCAUAUCUGUCCCUGUAGAAGAUGACCUUAGGAAACCUCCAGAGCCGGAACUUAGCAAACAAGUUCUACCGAGUGUAGAUAUAGACACUGACAUAUCUGAAACUUCACCGAUUCCGAAAUCUCGACCAAGAUCUGCCUCCCCAGACAAGCCCCGAUCCUUGUCCCCGGAGAAAGACACUGUGAGCCUGAGUCGAGCCUCCACCCAGCAUGGGGAGGUACAGCUGAGGUCCCCCCAGAAGUCCCCCAGCAAAAGCAGGCUAGAGGUCACCUUCCACAGAGAGGACGAGGACGAGACCCUCACUGAUGUUUCUGGAGACUUGAACCCAGAGGAUGCCCCUGGUAUCGCCCUUCCUGGGUACCACCCUCCCUCCCCAACCCCAGCUGAGGCCCGACAACCUGUGUUCCCCCAGCAGAGGCUGUUAGAUUACAACGCCCCCAUUGUGUCCGAUGUUUUAGCAGAAGACAUUAGAAGAAGGGAUAAUCUGGAGAAGAGAGCUGAGGAAUGGCUUCAGCAGGAGUUGCUGGCAAAGAUGAUUUCUGAGCUGUGUCCUACUGAGGAGGAAGAGGAGCUUCCUCCUGGUCUUCCUCAUUUUGUGGAUGAGGACUCCAUACAGAGUGAAGUAGAGGACAAGGAACAGUCCAUGUUUGUAAUGGACUCGAUUGGCAGAGCCGGCAUGCAGUUAUUUGUGGACGUUGGUCAGCCAGUGAACACUGACCUGGUCAACAGUUUGAUACGCGAGGUCCUGGUGGAGAAAGUGGUCACUGUGCUGGGACAGCGACCAUCAGACGAGAAGGAGGCGGAACAGAGAGUGGUUCCCAAGUUAUCAGCCACUAUAGACGAGGACAAAAUGGGGACCACAGAACCAUCACCAAGGGAGUAUUUGUAUAGCCCAGACCAGAUUGAGACACCUCAGCCUACCCCUAAGGCCACCCCCAUAGCCUCUCCAAUCAGAGUCGUAUCUCCCCCGGUCACACCAGAGCUCUCCCCUCCAGCCUCCCCCAGGAGAGAGCCAGUGAGAGUAGAACCACCUCCACAACCUGUCAGACUCCGACCACAACAAGAGGCCGAGUCAGAAGCUUCAGAGUCUCUGGAUCUCAGUGAGGAGCUCAGAAUCCUCAGACAAAAAUUGGUUGUUCCUGUGACUACUGAAUCAGUAGCAGAGAUGCAUGAAAUUGAGACCCCUGUACCGACCCCAGUCCCCGAAGAGGAACCCCCUCAAGAGAUCAAGCCAAUGUCCCCUCCCCCACCCACUCCAAGACCCGUGGAAUCUCCCCCUAAGGUUGUGGAACCUCCCCCAGUUGAGGUUAAACAAGUUGAAUCUCCAAAGAUAGUCCAGGAGGAGACUAUUGUAAAGAAACCAGAGGUUACUGAGGAGACUGAUAAAACUCCCCAGCCCUGGGGAAACCCAGAGUCCCCCCGCCCAGAGGAAAAUCCAGAAUACAGGAAUGAAACAGAACCAGACCAACCUGAACCCAUGAUUAUGCAUCCAUCAGAGAGCAUGGUAACUCAGGAGGACAGAAGAUCUCCAUCUCCCAAGAGACAGAAAUCCCCUGUCCGUCAGCCUAGCCCCACCCCUUCAGUGAUGGAGAGUGUGUCAGAGUCGUCAAUCUCAGACACCAUUAACCAGAGCGUGUCAGAGGGACAGUGGCUCCUCAACAAGAGUGAGGGAGAAGUGGCAGACUUUCCUAUAGAUGAAGUAACAAGACAGCGGGCAUUAGAGAAAGCUCUGAGGUUAAGAGCUGAACAGAGCAUGGCAAGCACACUCAAAGAUACCUCAGAAAUUCCUGAUGAGUCGACAGAGUUUCCCAUUAGUGAGGGAGAGUUCCAGUAUAACCCAGCAAUUGCUCCAGAGAAGGACCCAGUUCUGUUGUUACUGUCCAGACUCCAGCAUGGUCCUAUCCACCCCGGACAGCUGGACAUGACAUCAGCCCAGGUCUCUGAUCUACUGGACUACACCGGCACUAGUGGUGACCUCAGUAUAAACCAGUUGAGAGCAUCAGUUGACAGAAGUAUGGGAGAAGUCCGGCCAAAGAAGCACCGCAGACAACAUGCCUCUCCCGAAAGGCAUUAUGGGAAAUAUGCCUCCCCUGAAAGGGAUUAUGGGAAAUAUGACUAUGGUAGACAACUAAGAUCUCCUUCUCCUGACCAGACAGGGAGGCAGUCUCCAAGUAGAGGAAGAGUGUCACCUGGUUAUCGUGAAACUUCUGGAAGAAAAUCUCCCGGCAGAAGACAGGAAUAUGAUGAGGGGGGAAGAAGAUCUCCAAGCAGAGGAAGAGCCUCUCCAGAAAGAGGGUAUGAUGGGUAUGAAAGACCUCACAGUCGAGGGAGAGAUUCCCCUCAUAGAGACAGGCAACAGAGGGAUCAGCGAGACGGGCGAUAUUCUCCACAGCGGGAUGGGCAAUAUUCUCCACAGCGAGAUGGGCGAUAUUCUCCUGAGAGGGACCAGCGAGAUGGACGAUAUUCUCCUGAGAGGGACCAGCAGGGCAGGCGAUCUCCUCUCAGAUCUAGCUUGGACAGUGGAAGAAAGUCUCCAAUGAGAGUUUCAUAUGAAAUGGAUUCUGAAGGCAGAGAUGUAGAAAGAUACAUUGUGGAAGCUACAACCACCACAACCAAGAAAACAACAAGGACCCCUCCUCAUGGUACCCCCAGUAAAAGGACCCCCACCAGAACCAUGACCCCAGGGGGUGUGUCCCUAGGAGGCAGUCUGACCAGUGGACGAAAGUCUCCAGUAAAAUCUGCCUUAAAGAAACCCCCACAAGCCACCAAAUCCCCAGGAUUACCAGAUAAAUCGGUAACCAUGACUGGACCAAGGACAUACCCAAUGCCUGGGUCUGAUGACCAGAGGGGCUCACAGAGUUUGAGUGACAAGGGAACGCGGGCCUUCACACCGGACCAGAUGAACAUGGAGGAACUGUUACAGUCAGGCUAUCUCUCCCAGACCUUCAGUCAGUCCUCCGCAGGGAGAGUUCCCUCCCCUGAGCAUCCCCACAGACAACUCAGCCCCACCCGUCUCAGCAGGGACAAGAAAUCUCUGGGGAUGACUUAUUCAUUCGAAUCAGAAGGAGGUGCUGCGGACUCGUUCAGCGAAUCAGAACUCCGACGACUCGCAGAUUCUGAUUCGCUGAAGAUGUCUGUGACCUUGCCCUCCAUGGAUGAUUCUGAAUUUCUCUAAUUUCUAGGAUCUGAAUAGAUAUUUAUAAAAGUAUAUAUUAGAAUGCAAAUUGCUUAUUAUGUAGUGUAUUAUGUCUUAUACCGUUCGAGAGUCACAACUCACAAUAUUUAUAUUUUUUUGUAUAUCAUCAUAAUUUAUUGAUUUUACAAUAUUGCAGUGUACUUUUAUUUAUUCAGUAUAUAUUUUAGAAAGUAAACUUGUAUAUUAAAUGCAGAUAAAUCUCAUUAUAUAUUGGUAUAAAAAUCCAGAUCUGAUCAAAUCACUCAGAUUUCUUGUGAUGUGUGUAAAUCAUUAUCCGUCCAGACUGUAGAAUUUGUUGAUUUGUGUGUGUGUGUGUGUG